AUGGUGGUCGGAAAGUUACGCAUGAAGAACACGGAUGAUAAUCACCAGUCUAGCCAGAUCAACAAGCCACGCAAACGUCGACAACGAACUCGCUCGCCUUCGAUCGAUCCCCCUCCCGAGCCCUACGGUCCCGGAAAUGUGAUGGAUGAAUUUCCCUCAGGCUCUUCGUCCGGCUCGCGCGCUUUGAAAGCCGACAAGGGCAAAUCCAGACAACAGCCUGGUCAAGCGGCCGACGAGUUAGUGAUUCAAUGGACCACCACAUCCUCCGGAAUCGCUAAUCAACUCCUGUCCCUGCCAUCGAUGAGUUCCAGUGACUUCCAAACCAAACUCCGGGACGCCUUGAAUGCCGACAACGAAGACCUUCGGCUCGAGUCUCUCCUCGAGGACGAGGUUACGCUUCCGCGUCGUUGGCAAGACCAUCAGAGUCGGGCACAUGCUCAUUCCGACCUCAACGGCCACCAACUUGCUCGAUUAGAACCAGCGGAAUACGAGGAAUACAUCCGAAAACGGAUGUGGAGUCAAUCACAUCAAAAAAACUAUCUCUACCUCAAGGAUCAAGAAGAGCAGAAACGAAAGGCACGCGAGGAAGCUCAGCAGGCCCGCAAGAAACAGAGAGCCGAUGCCAAACUCCGCGCCGAACGAGAGUCACUCAAACAGGCGAACCAGAAGCUUAAGAGCCAGCAACGCUGUAGAGACGCUUACACACGUCGUUGGGAGCUCCUGAACUAUCUACUGAACUCCGAUGGAUCGAAGGCUGAGACCGCCGGCGAAGGGGAAUCGGGAUCACGCCAGAAGCUGAAGGAUGAGAUGGGCCAGGUGAUCGAGUUUGAGGAGAUCCCCUGGCCCGUCUAUCCCCCGAGUGAAUCAGAUGACCCUAUCUCAGCCGUGGAGCGAUUGAAUAUCAGUUCGAUCCGGGAAUUUCUGGUCGGCCAUCUAGCAGAUGAUCGUUCAACUGCUCCAGCGAGGAAGAAGAUCAUCAGGCAUCUAGCAGAUGAUCGUUCAACUGCUCCAGCGAGGAAGAAGAUCAUCAGGGCAGCUUUACUCUCCUAUCAUCCUGAUCGGUUCGAUAGGCUCGUCCAUCGCGUCAAAGAUAUCGACAAAGCCCCCCAGAAGGCCAAAGAGUGGGGCUUAAGAGUCUCCCAAGUCUUGAAUGAAUUGAAUCAAACAAUUGAUUGA